AUGCUUGCGACAAUUGCGGCUAUUUGUGGUUACAUAGCUGCAAUUAGUUUUGUGACAAUUUUGGCGAUUUAUGUCUACUUUAAGCACAAGAAUAGGAGAAGCGAUGAGUUGUUGUCGCGAAUCCCGAGCCCUAAAGCCAAAAUUCAACUGGGUCCCUCACCCUUGGUCGUACUGUUCAAACACCAUACUGUCCAUACUUUAUUGACGAGUAAUACAAAUAUAGAGAAAUCUGAGCAAUACAUGUUUUUUCUGGACUGGUUGGGCGAGGGGCUACUCACAAGUACCGGUGCCAAAUGGAAAGGCAGGCGAAAACUGUUGACAUCAGCCUUUCAUUUCAAGAUAUUGGAUGACUUCAUACCCAUUAUGUGCGAACAGUCAGACAUAUUGGUCCAGAAGCUCAUGAGGGAGUCCAGCAAACCAUACAUCGAUGUCAGGGAACCCAUAACUCAGUGCACUCUUGAUGUCAUUUGUGAGACAGCAAUGGGUGUCUCGAUAGGCGCACAGUUAGGCAAAAACACGGAGUACGUGAAUGCCAUUCACAAUAUGGGAGAAAUACUGAUGAAACGGGUGUUUUCGCCG